CCCACUCCUUCAUCAGACGUCUUUGCUUCCAUCUUGUCCGUGCGCUUGAGGUCGCACCUUUGAAAAACUCUCUUAUUGAUUAGGUCCCUCCUGAGCUUGCUCGCUGUCAAGCUAUUUUGCGAUCCACGGACGGGAAGAAAGGAGCGAAAAGGGAAUUAAUCAAUCGAUUUGCCAGAGUUGUCACAAUGAACGGCGAUACGUAUUCUGCCAGACCGGACGCGGGCCGCCCUAGGGAUUACUACCGCGAAGAGCGUCGCGAACGUGUUGUCGAGAGACCGGAAAGACCAGAGAGGGCGGACAGAGGUGAUCGACCGGAGAGGGCAGAGAGGGGCGAACGAGGCGAGCGCGGAGACAGAAGACGGUCCAGAUCGCCCCAUUACAGCUCUCGGGGCGGUUCCCGACGCGAAUUCGAGGCCGACUCGUACUCGUCGAGCCGGGACUACCGCGCCAGAGAGCGCGAGGAUCGCUACUCCAGCCGCAGAGAAGACCGCGAAUGGGAUCGGGACCGAGGCGACCGCCGCCGCAGAGAAUACGAAGACAGACCCUCUCGCCGCGAGAGGGACCGAGACCUGUUCGAAGACAGACCCCGACGGGAAGGAAGGGACAGGGAGCGUGAGCGCGGAGAACGCGCCGACCGUGGCGCUGACCGCGAGCGCGAGCGUGGAGCCGACAGAAAAGAGCGGAAGAGGAGUGCUUCGCCUCCACGGAAGAGGGAGCCUACACCCGAUCUGACAGAUGUUCUGUCGGUUCUGGAUCGCAAGCGCCGCUUGACGCAGUGGGAUAUCAAGCCCCCGGGUUACGAGAAUGUCACCGCCGAGCAGGCCAAGCUAUCAGGCAUGUUCCCUCUCCCCGGUGCACCUCGCCAACAGCCCAUGGACCCCAGCCGUCUCCAAGCCUUCAUGAACCAGCCCGGUGGCAGCAACACCGAGACCUCCACUCUCAAGCCUGCCAACUCCCGUCAGUCGAAGCGCCUUUUCGUCUACAACCUGCCUCCCAAUGUCAAUGGGGAGGCGCUUCUGGCCUUCUUCAACCUCCAGCUCAAUGGCCUUAACGUCGUCGAGAGUGUGGACCCUUGUAUCUCGGCUCAGGUGUCUACCGACCGCUCCUAUGCACUUCUUGAGUUCAAGACACCUGGCGACGCCACGGUUGCCCUUGCGUUCGACGGCAUUACAAUGGACGAGCACGAGGCCGCCGGAAAUGGCGCUGCCAACGGUUCUCCACAAGGGCUGGAAGUGCGCCGACCCAAGGAUUACAUCGUUCCCAGCGGGGUUGAGCAGGAGUACCAGGAGGGAGUGUUGCUGAACGAGGUUCCUGAUUCGCCCAACAAGAUCUGUGUGUCGAACAUCCCCAACUAUAUCCCCGAGGAGCCGGUCACCAUGCUUCUCAAGUCGUUCGGCGAGCUCAAGUCUUUUGUUCUGGUCAAGGACAACUCCACAGAAGAGUCCAGGGGAAUCGCGUUCUGCGAGUACGCCGAUCCCUCUGCUACGAGCAUUGCCGUUGAAGGGUUGAACGGGAUGGAGUUGGGUGACAGGCACCUUAAGGUUGUGCGUGCCAGUAUCGGAAUGACCCAGGCCGCCGGUCUUGACAUGGGCGUCAAUGCGAUGUCCAUGUUUGCCAAGACGACGUCUCAGGACUUGGAGACCAGCCGUGUGUUGCAGCUGUUGAACAUGGUGACUCCUGAGGAGCUCAUCGAUAGCGAUGACUACGAAGAAAUUUGCGACGACGUGCGCGAGGAGUGCUCGAAGUACGGACAAAUCCUCGAGUUGAAGGUUCCUCGCCCCUCCGGCGGUAGCAGACAGUCCCCUGGCGUCGGCAAGAUCUUCGUCAAGUUCGACUCGGUAGAGUCGGCCACGAAUGCUUUGAAGGCGCUUGCGGGCAGGAAGUUCUCCGACCGGACCGUCGUGACGACGUAUUUCUCCGAGGAAAACUUCGAUGUCAACGCUUGGUAGUUCCGAUCAGUUCUGUAUUGCGCUCCCAAAGUCUUCAUGAUGCUUAAUUGAUUCCAAGGCCUGUGCCCAGGGCCCGGGGCAGGCGAUGCUCAAUCUGUACUGGGGGGAUUUAUAAUAGUGACUUUCAACCUAGUACUGGGUUACGAUGUAUCAUAGCGAGAAACGAUUACUU